AUUACGCUAAUUCCCGUAAAGUUGACCGUCGCCUCUUUAAUAAUAUUUCAUCGGUGUGUAUUUGUAUUGUAUGAAGAUGUGGAGUGAAGAGUGAAGGUGGAGAAUGCAAUAUGGCUGCGGCGAGGGUACGAUUGGAUACGAUGAUAGAAAAUGACAUGCAAAGUGUUAUUAAAUUUUAGUGAAAUGUUUACUUGUUUCGGUUGUGUAGAAUGGGAGGCUGCAUAGGUAUAACUAGGGCAAGAAAUGCCUCAGUUAAUGAUACAUCGGAAAAUUCGACGAGAACUAAUUCGGGAAAUACGAGAAAAAAUCAUCUUCUAUGUCACGAGGUAAUUAGAUGGAAAUCAGAUGUACCUCUAACCGAAGGUCAACUAAGAAGUAAGCGAGAUGAGUUUUGGGACACUGCACCAGCGUUUGACGGUCGCAAAGAAAUUUGGGAUGCAUUGAGGGCAGGUGCAACUGCGGCAGAAGCACAGGACUAUCAAUUGGCACAGGCCAUAUUAGACGGAGCUAAUAUUUCUGUACCUAAUGGUUUCUUAACGGAAUGUUACGACGAGUUAGGAACUCGUUAUCAAGUACCUAUUUAUUGUUUAUCUUACCCGAUUAAUAUUGUAAAGGAAGAUAGUGGAAGAGAUUCACCUGCUGAUUGCUCAGAACCAGUUGAUGAAGGAACGGAGCAAACUUUGAAACUUAGACUAUCGACUACUUUAGGAGAAGUUAAAUUACCUGUUUAUAGCAACGACACUAUUGCUAUUGCAAAGAAAAAAUUACAGAGUCAAGAAGGUUUGGAACCAUCGCGUCAAAGGUGGUUCUUUGGUGGUAAAUUAUUGGGUGAUAAAAUGCAUAUAGAAGAAGCAAAAGUGCAGCCAGGUUAUGUAAUACAAGUAAUCGUAAAUCCAGAAAAAAUGGACAGCAACUGUGCAAAAGCUUGAACUUGUGUGUAAACGUAACAAAAACAGUCGGCGAAAGCUUAUUCUAUAAAUGGCAACAUAGAGAAAGGAGAAGAGAUGCAGAGAAGCUAUAUUUUUCUUUAAUUAACAAUUAUAGAAAAAUCAAUCAGUGAAAUUUUAUUUAUAUCCAUAUUAGUAUGUAAUAUUAAUUAUUAAGUACUGUUUACAUUGUACAAGAGUUACAAUAACGCUAAUAAAUUUCUUUAUCAAAUUAAUGUUAAAUUUAGCAGGUAUGCAUAAUUACUUUAGAAUAAUUUUAAAGGUGUCCAAAUAAUAAAGGAGCCAAUACAAUUUGCAUAUAUAAUAAAAAUUGAGCACAAUAAUCAUCUUUUCUCUCAUGAAAUGUUUUAUGUGCAUAUUACACAAGCACAUUGUGACAGCUCAAAGAAUACUAAAUAAGAUCUCUACAUUACAUAAUUCAUAUAUACAUAUAUAUGUAUGUAUGUAAAUUAUCUAACAAUAAUUAGUAUAAAUUUGGUCAUUUUAUAAUACUUAUAUAUUUUUGUUUGUAUUUAUCAAUCUAUAAUACCUAAAAUAUGAUUUUUAAUAUUACUAUAUAUGACGCUCAGUUUAAUAUAUUAUAAGUAAAAGUGUGAUGUCGCAAUCGUUGCUAGGAAGAAAAUAAUUUUUGUAUAAAUAGAGAUUGUUACAAUAUAAUGAAAUGUAAUUUUAACUGCCUGAUAAAAAUGGUACUUAAUAUUAAUAAUACUGUAUUGGACCAAUCCAAAGCAUUCUAAAAUUAAUAAAUAAUUGGCGAUCAUAGAGUAAGUGCCCUAUGUAAAAAUUGUGUCUUCUAUGUAUGAAGAGGAGUUAAAUAACAAAUUAUAUAUCUAAUAAUAGAAAGGAAAGAAGUAUCGCUUAAAUACAUAAUUUACGUAUAUUUUAAAAUAACUGAUUAAACAAUAUGAUAAUAUUUGUUUUUAUUCGAGAACAAUGCUAUGCAAAAUAUGCAUUUUAUUUUGCAUAUUGGUAUCUUUCAGAUUGUCUUUUAAGAUUGCGCGCAUGUGUGUGUGCGUGCGUGUGUGUGUGUGUGU